AUGAACACUGCGAGGAAGGUUAACUUGGGCGAAGAGACGCUGGAUGCUCUCAGCAUUGUCGAGCGUGUCUGCUCCAUCCUUUCUCUCUUGGGAUGUCUAUUCAUCAUUAUCACCUUUUGCUGCUCCAAAGCAUUUCACAAACCCAUCAACCGACUGGUAUUCUAUGCCUCCUUUGGCAAUGGCAUUACCAACAUCGGCACGCUGAUGGCCAGGUCAUAUAUCGGGUCGCCCGAUUCACCUGGUUGUCAACUGCAAGCAUUCCUCAUUCAGAUGUUCAUGCCCGCAGAUGCUUUCUGGACACUGGCCAUGGCCGUUAACGUGUAUCUUACUUUCUACUACAAGUUUGACGCCGAAAGGCUGCGGCGGAUGGAAAUCCCCUACAUGAUUUGUUGCUAUGGCAUUCCAUUAAUCCCAGCCAUGACCUACAUCUUCGUCAGGAACAACAACGGCGACAGGGUUUAUGGUAACGCAACGCUGUGGUGCUGGGUCACCAGGCAGUGGGAAAUUUGGCGCAUCUUGACGUUCUACGGCCCUGUGUGGCUGGUCAUCCUUAUCACGUUCUUCAUCUACAUCCGCACUGGAGGCGAUAUUUACCGCAAGCGUAAACAACUUCAGGAUUUCAGCUCUCACGACGCCGAAGGCCUCGCCAACUUUAACGAAAUGUUCGCGUCGAUGAAGACAACUGAAGUACGCAUCACGCACGAAGUCAUUGUCGAGCAACCUCAAGGGGCUAUUGGGUUGGUGCCUAUGGAGCGACGGGAUUCGGCCCUUGGAGCUACGGCACCGCGAAUGCCCAACACGGAUGCCUACUCGGUCAGCAUCACGGCCAACGGUCCUCAUCCGCGCGACAGCCAAGGCGACAUUGUGCUGCCCGUCCAGAGCAACUCCGAAGGCGCCGCCCGCCCGGUGACAGCAGCACCCAAUGCGCGCCGCCGCACAUACGAAAAGAACAAUGCAGCGUGGACGUAUGCCAAGUGCGCCAUUCUGUUCUUUACAGCGCUCCUUAUCACCUGGAUUCCCUCAAGCGCGAACCGUGUCUACUCGGUCGUUCACGGCCACCGGUCGUCGACAGUGCUUGAGUACAUGAGUGCCUUUGUCCUGCCGCUGCAGGGAUUUUGGAACGCGCUGAUCUACAUGGUCACAUCGUGGAAGGCGUGCCAGCUCUUCUGGGAAGACGUGCGGAGCCUAGGCCGUCGGAGCAACAGGACGAGCAGCAACGGCUUCGUCCGCGGCGAGCAGUUCAAGCUGGGUGGUCGGGAUCGUGGAGCCAAGAUGAAUUAUGAGACGGAAAGUAUGACGGAAUUGGCGCACAGCGAGCCGAGCAGGCCAGAGUCGAGCGAAAACCAACGGAUGUCGAGAGUAUGA